CUGCAUGGCCUUCAAUAAUGUGACGGGAAAGACCAUCACAAAAUCCAAGAUGCUCACAGUCAUUGAGGCAAUAGAGUCUGUGAUCAGAAACAACACAGUUCCAAUAAACUCUGAAAACUUCACUCUCACCUGUGACGUCACUGGGCCCUAUGACACGAUCUACUGGAUGAAGGACAACAUGCACCUCAACAUGACCCACUCUGUCGCAGACCCUCACAUGUCCUACCACGUUGUAAACAACACGCUACAUUUCACUCCGGUGACCUUGCACAAUGACGGGACAUAUCAGUGUGUGGCUACCAAUCAGGCUGGUCCACAUGGAAGCCCCAAAUAUAUGCUCCUGGUGAACUAUGGCCCUCUGAGUGUCAAUAUCUCCGUUCCAGAUUCAGCAAAACUUGACCACUUCGUGUCCCUGACAUGCUCUGCUGAUUCUCGGCCAGAUUGCAACUUCUACUGGUUCUUAAACAAUAAGACAUCAGCGGCUCUAAAGACGGGCUCUGUCAUCACUUUCCUUGCGACGAAAGAGAAUGAGGGAAAAUACACAUGUAAGGCGACGAACCCUGUGACCAAUAUCACAAAGUACCAGACCAAAGCCUUUACUGUCACUGCUCACGCCUCCGCCCUCCGCUCUUCAUCCAAAGGUGGUUUGAUAAUGUUGGGUAUGUUUGCUUUGACUGUCUCUGUGCUGUUCAACUGAGUUCUCUGCCCUGAGAAAUACAUUCAGACUGAAAGGCAUCUUAGUCCCACUACAGUCUUACAAUUUUUUACUGUUUAAUCAAUGAUCAGAUGCCACUUUAUCAGUUCUUGUGGGUUUGUGCUGAAAAGACAAAUAAAAAUUCAAAAGAAUGACAGACUUCAAUUCAAGUUUCAGUUUGUUGUUUGAUAUAUAUUUCCUUUUGUCAAAUUUAUUUUCAUAAACAUACCAUCUUAUUGUUUUGCCUUUUUGGGGGUUUUAUUUAAAAUGUUUGUAUUGUUAUUAAGUAAAAAUAUUUCUAUUAGUGUUAUUGUGAUGGUCGUUGUUUAUUAAAAAUAAUUAUAUACAUUUGCAUAGUUUAAAAGGUGUAUUCCUCUAAAAUAACUGCGUACUCUUUUGGUACAAACUGCAAUUCUUCACUCUAACACCAGCAGCUUUUUUUGUUAUGUGUAAUAAUAUUAAAACUGUAAGUAAAUGUUAUCAUUCUUUAAUUCUUGGUAUUUAUUUCUUAAUCAAUAAAUAAUC